AUGGGAUUUUUGGCUAGAGAAAGGUUCUGUGACAUGGGCGCUCAGCCCAACUCGGUCGGUCGGUUAGCCCACCUAACAGAUGAUGAGAUUCUCGAUCGAUUUGAUCGAAUUUGGAAAAGUCUUUUUCACUAUUCAGAACAGUGGAGCUUUCGAUCAAGAUGUUCUCGCGUCCCCCGUUCGGGCUCUCGCUCAAAUCGGAACCUUUAUGCCUUGGUAGGCUUUCGACUCAAUCUAAUAGCCUACCUAUCGAGCGAAAAUCAAAGAGAAAGUUUUCGCAUGGGCUCAUCAUCUGAUGCAGAACCGAUGCGAGAAGGAUAA